AUGGAUUUCAUCGGCAGCGGUGGUAAUUCAAGCAAUAUUACUGAAUCAGACAGUAAUAAGACAAUGUUAGUCGGCUCACGUAACAUAACCUACCGAAAUCGUAAUCAUACGGUUCAAGUGGCGACAUUAGGCGAUAUGGAAGCUAUUCCCGAACCAUAUCAAUCAUGUUUGACGGGUCUAUAUAUCGGCACAGCAGUGGUGGCUAUAGUGGCCAACGUGUUGGCGUUGACCAUAUUGAUUACGAAAAAGCGGUCAUCGGCCGAUUUGCGUAAAUAUUUGAUAAAUUUGGCCAUUUCCGAUAUGUCAAUGGCCGCAUUUUCAUUGCCAUUUGCCUAUUCCGAUAUGAUGUACGGCUACUGGCAGUUCCCACUCUUUUGGUGUCCGAUAUCCCAUUUCAUAAGCACCUGUUCAGUGUGUGUCUCCAUAUUUACAUUGACCGGCAUUGGUAUCGAAAGAUCACCCAAGGAGUCGCAGUAA